CAUUCGGCGUAUUUCCACAUCAAAUCCGUCGGACUUGGCGUCGUCAGCGUCGCUCGGAAAUUGUUUUUAUUGUACAAGUCGCGACGCGAGAACAGUGUGGAGCCGGCAUCGGAUCGAAUAACUGGAUUUUGAAUUUUCGAUUUGGAAAAACUCAACUCGAGACCCCCUUGAACUCGUCGAAUGCAAAGUGGCGGGCUCAGAAGGCAGAAUCAAUCCAUCACCACCUGAGACUGUCAGCAUGUCGACUGCUAUCAUUAAUGGACACAAUAACAGCACCGAAGACUUCACCAAACAUGUCUUUGGAGGUGGACCAGAUAAUGCCGAAAAAGUCGUGGAAGAAAACAAAACGUGCGGAAAGAUACUAACGGUCCUGGCAUGGGGGCUCGUUGUGCUUACCAUGCCGUUCUCCCUAUUUGUUUGCUUUAAGGUGGUGCAGGAGUACGAAAGGGCGGUUAUCUUCCGUCUGGGGCGUUUGCUUUCUGGAGGAGCCAAGGGACCAGGCAUUUUCUUCAUCCUUCCCUGCAUUGAUGCCUACGCAAGAGUGGAUCUUCGCACCCGAACUUACGACAUUCCACCACAAGAGGUGCUUACAAAAGACAGUGUAACCGUCUCUGUAGAUGCGGUAGUUUACUACCGCGUAUCAAACGCUACUGUAUCCAUUGCAAAUGUAGAAAACGCCCAUCAUUCCACCAGACUACUUGCUCAAACUACCUUGCGCAACAUCAUGGGUCAGAGGCCCCUUCACGAGAUACUCAGUGAACGAGAGAGCAUUUCUCAGCACAUGAAAGCUCUUCUAGAUGAGGCCACCGACUCCUGGGGAAUCAACGUGGAAAGAGUUGAAAUCAAAGACGUCCGCUUACCAGUCCAACUUCAAAGAGCGAUGGCGGCUGAAGCUGAAGCUGCUCGCGAAGCCCGCGCCAAAGUAAUUGCAGCUGAGGGCGAGCAGAAGGCGUCCAGGGCUCUUCGGGAGGCUUCGGAAGUGAUUGGGGACUCCCCAGCUGCACUCCAGCUGCGCUACUUACAGACGCUGAAUACAAUCUCCACGGAGAAGAACUCCACAAUUGUAUUCCCACUUCCGAUCGACAUUCUCUCAUAUUUUAUGAAGAAUAUGGAUCGUAAGGAGUAAAGACCAAUUUAGGCAAAGCGAUCGUACCGUUUUGUUCGUACCCGAAUGAUACUUCUUCAGCUCAACCAAAACCACACAUCAAUCGUGAAGUUGCGGCAGUGUCAUGAGGACCAAAAGUAUUUUUUUAGAAUGUUCUAGUCAAUAUAAAGUAUUUUUAAUAGGCUUACUUAUCAACGAUCUGUGUUAGUCACAAAUAGUUUUGUUAGAAGUUUAUUUAUUGUGAUCAAAGUUCAGACGCAGUGAUUUUUUGCUGGUCAUUUAUAUUUGAAACAAAAAGGGCCAAAUGGCCUGGAAAAUACUGCAGGAAUGCAGGAAUUUUAAUGAGAACUUUGCAGUUCCGGCACCAAAUGGUGGUGAAAACAGCACUAGGCGGGAUUAGGGCACACUUAUUAAUUUUUCGGCAUUUUCUGCACACUUAAUUGUCAAGUGUUGGUCAUGUUGCGGAAAAUCGCUCAAAUUAAUUUACAGCUGUUGGUAGUUUCUAUCUAGUCAAGUUUACCUAAGAAACUGACAAAAUGCAGCAAUUUACUUCUGCAAGUUGACUCGUAAAGGCAUCGUUUUGGCAAAAAAUACUAACACAAACCAGAUUCGGAGCCUGUUUGUGCUGAUAUGGCGCAAAAGAUGCGGUAUGCAGGUAGCAUUUUGCUGAUUGAGGGAUUUAAGCAAUGGAAGCUUCUUAUUGGGGCUUUCCACGUGAAACAGCAGCAAAACUUAAUUAAACCCUUAACAAUUAGGUAGCUUAGAUAAUUGGUACUUGGUAGGCUUUUAUGGGUGCGUUUGCCCAUCUAGAUUUACGCAAAUGAAUAGUUAAAAUUAGCUAGAUUUUAGAGUUUAAAAGUUUCAAGUAGAGUUGUUCGAACGUAUAUAUAUUCAAAAAUACAUAUAUCUCUAGUUGGUAAUCCAAAAUAUAUCCUAUAUAUCAGUGUUGAUUAAAUUACACAUAAAUGUCUAGCUCAUAGGUGUGAAAGAGAGUAUUUCUAAAGUUCGGGUAAUCAGGUCAUUGGUUAUAUUUUGACCUUAGCGCAAGCAAACUAUGAAUGUAGGGCAUGUCAUUGGAUUUUAAAUGGUGUUUGUUCCUUUCUAGACAAUGUCGAAAAUUUGCCAUGGCAAAUUUUCCACGAUCGUAUUUCCAAUCCCGCUCAAUUUUGUCACCCCAUUCAUGAAAGACUUUAAGGGUCUCGAUUUGCUUAAGAGCAACGUCGUUAGUGAUAAGAACAAAGAGCCGUUGGUUCCUAUUGCUCAGUAGCCCUAAAUUAGUGCGUAAACCUUCAAAAGGUCUUUUCUACAGUUAAAGGGACACAUCUGAGACAAAGACCUUUUCAGUCCACCUUAUUAUAGGACCAGCAGAAAGUGUCCAUUGACUCAGUGAAGAUUUUCUGCUGCUGAAUGCAGAGUUUUAAGGCCAAUAAAUGGUAGCUCGUGAUUAUUGGCCUUAAAAUUAUUCUCGUUCAUGCUGUUUCGUUGCUUAGAAAAUUAUCAGCAAAAUGCUACUCUCUACUCAUAUGCUGUGAGUGAGUGCAAGCAAAUCACUCUAAAAGAAAAUGGUGUAUUCUGUUGGCUUUUCCUGCUUUUCAAGCGAAAAUCUAGAAAGUUUAUUCACUGUUCGUGAUGUGACCAAAUAUUCAAUUAGAUUAUCGGUUCAGUUCAGCAAAUAUUCUCUAAUAUCGUUAGUCUAAAUGUAUAAACGAGAAAAGUAAAUAUAUAGUUUCGAUAUGUGUUUUAAUUUCCUAUAAAAUUAUAAUAUAUGGGUAUUAAAUGUCUCAAUGUGAAAAUAUCCGGUGGAACCUCUAAAUAAUUAUCGCAGAAGAUUGGGUGGGUGCAAAAACGUUUUAGUGCUUAAAAAUAAAAAUCGGCACUUUUCUUAACACUCGGGCAAGUCAGGGGCAAUUUAAAUGAAAGUGCCCUAUAUUAAAGAAACGGUCCUUUAAACCCAAUAAGUUUUUUAAUCACCAAAUUCCAUCUGAUGUCUUCACUCACCUCUUAAAGCUACUCACAUUCUUUAAAAGUUUGAUGGAAUUUAUUAAGGAAUUCCUCACCCUCAUCCGUCUGAAAUACAUAAUUAACGAAUAAUUUCGGAUGGUUUGGGUCUGCAUUUUGAACAUUGAUUGGCGAUUUAAUUGAGGAGGAGAUUAUUUAGAGGUUUGACUGAAUAUAGUUGUUUAAGGCACGAUAUAAGUCGUAACUAAAUCAGUGUUUUCUUCACCUAAUGUCUAUAAGAUUAUAAACGAAUUUACUGUGUAUUUUACAGAUGUCUAUUGGUGCGCAAAGUGCAUUUGAUUGAUUUUACUGAACAUUACGAAGGAAAAAACACUCAGCUGGAAAUUUGAUCAGUUACCUUUUCGUUGGGGCUCAUCUAAAAUUUAUUGCAAUCUACUCAAGAUGUAUGUGCGCCUUUUUUUCUAUUUGUCUGGGCAUUAAAUAUUCAAUUCUCAAGCCGACUGAGCGGUUUAGUCACUUUUUUGGUCUCCUUAUGCUGGAUUUACAUCAAAUACAGACUGUGCACCAUGGUACUUUUAUAAACAUACUAUUCAGCACCUUUUGUAUAAGUGUACACAUUUGAAGUUCAUUAAAUCAUCUAAAAGA